CACUCACAUGUGCCUUCGGCUUCGUCAUGUGUUUUUUUUUUUUAAAGAAAACAUCAGAUUGUGAAACAUAUUGAACAAGCUGGAUCCAAUAAACAACAUGUGUCAUACUCAAAAUACUGAUAAAGAGAUAAACUCCAAUAGAGGAUUUUGAACUUGGACAAGCUGCAUUGGGAAUAAUUUAAAUUAUGACAAUACAGAGAAAACAUCAACAAGCUUGAUCUUAUACAUCCGUCAUAUCUUACAAAGAAAGGGGUCAACUCGAAUGCAGGAAAAUCCUCCAACCGUCCAUUCUGUGCUGCAACACUGCAAAGACAAUUCAGAGAAAACAAGCUGGAUAUUAUGUCGCACAAACAGAUGAAUUUCAAUGCAGGAAAAACCUCCAUCUAUUCUGUGCCACAUGUACGAUAAACAUGGACUAGGUGCUUUGCGGACUUUGUUCCCAAUUAUGACAAUUCAGAGGUGAUAACAAGUUGCAUUGAAUGUGCAUUGUAGUGGAUUUUUGCCAGUGAUAAACUUGUAUUAAAGCAGAGACGUGGGCUUGUGCAGCUAUACAAUCAGUGUAUUUGCUGUUUAUACUUUGUUUUAGAAUGUUGAAAGUAGAACUGCAUAUAAAAACGGAAUCCAGUGACGAUGAGGAGGAUAGAGAUCAGACAGGAAGCGAUCAUCCAUCCAAAGACGUGAUUGAGAAUAUUACAGAAGAAGGCGGAGAGAGCAAAAGUAAACUUUGCUAUGAAUGUAAAAAAUGUGGAAAGAAAUUCCAAAGGCACUUUCGCUAUAAGAAUCAUGUGUCUUACAUGCAUGAGGAAGAUGACCGAGGAAAAGGAAAGAUACAGUGUUCCGUUUGUGGCAAGCGGUAUAUGGCGUCAGGGAGAUUAAAGAAACAUAUGCUGAUGCACAGUAAUGGAAAAGAAAGGAUCCAGUGUUCUGUUUGUGGCAAGCGAUUUGUAGAGGCCAAGAGAUUGGAGAAUCAUUAUAUGGCAAAACACGGUAAAGCGGAAGGAAAGAUCUAUGAUGGGUCUGGUUGUGCCAAGCAUUCUUCAGCCAAUGAGGAAGUCCAGAAGCACGUGGUAGCCCAGAAGACAAUGGUGACCUUUAAUGAGAAAUUGUACUGCUGUGCCUUGUGUGGUGAAAAAUUCCUUCGUGAUUACCAACUAGGUCGACACAGAUGCCAUCUCGUUGACCUUGAACAGUUUGCUCUUACAACCGGUUGUAGAAAGAGAAAAUGGAAAUCUCCUGAUUUGCAUAAUAACCAUUGCCCUAUUUGUAACAAGUUAUUUCACUCAAACGAAGGUUGGCGGAAACAUAUGAUCAUCCACCUUGGUCAAGGGAGCUUCAAAUGCUCUGUAUGUUCUGAUCAGUUUACUGGGAAAAGGGAAUUACAAAAUCACAUGAUGAGAUGGCACACUACCGACAGACCUUUCAAGUGUCCAUUGUGUGGCAAGACGUUCAUCUCAAAGAGUAAUUUGGGUUCACAUGAAAAAGUACACAAUGAAGUGUAUUAUAAAUGCUGUGUUUGUGGAAAGGAAUUCAAAAAUAUUAGUUUGAUGAAGGGGCAUGAAUGUCAAUCAGAUGAACAGUUUGGUAUGGAUGGGGAUAAAAUGCUAUGUAGCAUAUGUCGGGAAAAUUUUGACCUCAGAUCUACACUGAUAGAGCAUCUAUCAGUUCAUAAAGACACCCAUCCUCAUAAGUGUUCUUGGUGCAGUGAAAGAUUCAGAAUGAAGGAAGACCUAACCAUGCAUCACAGAAAGUCGCGCCCCAGACAUGUAUCACAGAGUGCGGAUGACUAUCCUUACGAAUGCAAUCUGUGCCUCCGGAGAUUCAGUAAGCAAUCUUCACUUAAAAGACACAAGAAAGUCAUUCAUUGCAGGAAGAAACUGGAACAGACCCAAGCUCAAAGUGAAACUGUAACCUUGCAGGAUAAUGGAGAGAAUAUACCUCCGGAUACUGUUAACUCUGCAAACCCAACUACAGAGGAGAACAUGGAACAUGAUGGCAUCAAAGCUGGACAGGAGCGCAUUAAUGCAUCAUCAGAUCUUCUGGGAAAUGACAAACAUCAAAUAUCUAAUGAAGCAUUGGUAGAGAAUGGAAUGGAAACUAACGGAGAAUGCACAUUGAAUGGUACAAACUCAGUACAAUACAGGUGUGAUGUGUGUAAAAAGAAGAAAUCAUUUAUAGUGUGGGGAAACUAUCAGAGGCAUAUGAAACAUGCACAUGGUCGGAAUGUUCAGAGGGAUGAGCGACUACAGUGUGCUAUAUGCGAAGAAAAGUUUCUUUCUGUUGAAAGUCUUGAAGGUCACGUGGUGAUCCACAAUAGGUCAAGCCACCAUUACUGCUGUGCCUUGUGCGGGGAGAAAUUUUUCCGAAAUCAUCAGCUGACAAGCCAUAGAUGUAGUCUUCUUAACUGUAAAAUUUUGCCCACAGAGAAGGGUACAAAACAGAGAAGUUGGGACUUUGGUGGAUGUGAACUUACUCAUUGUCCUAUUUGUAACAAGGUGUUGAAAAAUCAUUCUUCCUGGCAGAACCAUAUGAACCUUCACCUAAGGCAUCGUCAGUUCAAAUGUUCUUUUUGCUCAAAGCAAUUCAUUGGGCGGAGAGAGCAUCGAAUUCAUAUGAGGCGUCACACGGGGGUGCGUCCAUACAAAUGUAAAUGGUGCCCAAAAUCAUUUGCUUCCCCAAGCAAUUUGGCCUCUCACGAGAAGAGUCAUUUUGCCAUCCACCAUUUAUGUUGCAUGUGUGGAAUGGAAUUCCUGCAAGAAGACGAUUUACAUGCUCACACAUGUGAGGCUGAUAGUUUAAAUAGUGAAGCACUAACCAUAUCCUUGAAAUCUGUUUGCAACGUAUGUCGCAAGAGUUGUGCUUCCAGGUCAGUCCUAAAGAGGCACAUGAAGGUUCAUGAUGACACCCAUCCCCACUCAUGCACGCGAUGUUAUCAAGGUUUCAAACAUGAGCAAGAACUUGGUAAACACCAAAGGAAAGAACGUCUAAAAUCCGAGUGUGUCAAGGACUACCCUUUUCAAUGUAGCAUCUGCCCGAACAGAUUUGACAGUCUUCGGAAACUCAAGAUACAUGAGGGGAAUGGACACAGAAGGACGUUUUCCCGGCCUAUCGAGCCAUAUUCCGGCCAAAGUGUCAUUUCCGCACCCCCGAAUGGAAUAGUGAAUCAAGGUGCUGAUCAAAGUCCACUUGAUGUGGACCAGAGCGUACAUGACUCAAGCCAAGGUCAGAAUGGUAGGGCCUUUCCAGGUGAUCAGGAUCAGAGGCCUAGCAGUACCCCUAUCAUUCCUGGUGUGAAGGAUUACCAAUGCCUACUCUGCGACAAGAUAUUCUACACCAAGCACAGACUCAAGGGCCAUCUCAGUAUUCACACUGGAAUUAAACCUUAUGGAUGCUCCAAGUGUGAAAAACGCUUUGACAAUCGCAGCUCCCUGAAAUAUCAUAAGAAAAGUCAUAAGAAAAAGAAAAAGCGGUAAAUAUAUAUGUUCACGCUUACUGAAAGAUGAAAAGCAACUCCUAUGCAUUUGUUUUAUGUCUAGAAAGAAGUGGUUAUGUUUUACUUCCUUUUAAGCAACACUUGUUUGUUACCAUGGUGCAACGACAUUUGCUCCUGCAACAAUUGCUCUGGUCUUAAUAUCUUAGAGGGUAUAGGGUUAGAGUUGGGAUUGUGAUAGAGGUUUUGUUUCAGAAUAAUGUAUAAAAGAUAAGGAUUAGGGUUUAUUUAGUUUUGGAAGUAAGGUUUCAUGAUUGACUUAAUGUGCAGAUUUUCCAUCGCAGCAAUUGUCGUCGGAACAAAUGUCAUGGAACUGUUUGUUACAUAUCUACCCAACUAUUUCCUCACAUUUUAUUAAUUAGCUUUACAUGGGAGGAAAAUUGGUACCGUGGUAUUUUCAUAAACUGGGGACUUGGCCCCUUAUAAAAUGGCAUGGAUGUCCAAUUAGUCCAAUCCAUUGCGAGAAGAGAACAAACAAAGGAAUAGACAUGGAGAAAUUUUAUUGUUCAUUUGCUUCUGAUGGAAAAAGGUCAUCAUUUUCCAGGCUCAUACAUGUAAUGUUAAAGAUCACCUUUUUUAUCUAAUAAUGCUCAAAGUUAUGAGAAAAGUGUGUAGUACCCCUUAUUUUUGUAUUUUGAUUUUUUUUAAUGUUUCUGCCCAUGUACAUGAAGAUGGUGCCAGAUGCAUUCUGUUUUAGGGUGGUCCAUCCAUUUGUCUAUCCCUGUCUUGUUCAUUCAAUGUACUAUGUUUAACAGGAAAGAAUGGAGAAAGAAGAGUGUGAAAAAGAGAGACUUGCAAUUUUUGCAGGGUUCCCACAGUCAUGGAAAAUCCUGGAAAUAUUUGUGGUCAUGGAAAAGUCAGGGAAUUUGGAAAAUUUGUGAAAAGUCAUGGAAUGGCAUUUACCUCUUGGCUAUGGCAGCUUUCCAGUUUAUUGUGUCUCUCAACUCUCAUACUCUGCUAUUAUAAUUGGUGUUCAUGAUCUCCAUUUUUCCCAGUUUUGGGACAUCCCAAAUUCUACAUAACUCUCGGGAAGUCAUUGAAAGCAGCAAGUUAGUAAUGGAAAAGUCAUGGAAAAGUCUUGGAAUUCUUUUAUUCAAAUUUAUGUAGAAACCCUGUUUUUAACACAAUUUCGCCCUUCUUACUCAAUUGAGAAACAUUUAUAUCAUCAUCAGAUUGCCCCCCCACCCAUA